AUGCUCUUGGCAACACCCCUGCGCUCCUCAGCCCUGAAACUGAACAACUGCUGGGUGAUCUCUGAUCUCUUGAAGCCCUUCCCCCAGCUGAACGUCACGCUGUUGGUGGGCAAAGACAACCACAAGCGCCAGGACUCCCUUGGCCCCCUUUGGCAGCCCGUGGUCGUCGUGGGCACUCCGGGCAAACUGAUGGACCAUGCGAUGGAAGGCCGGCUGAUUCUUGGCGAGCUGAAAGCCAUUGUCUUCGACGAGGUGGAUGCCCUCCUGAGCAUGUCCCGCAAGGAUCAUCUGCAGCUCCUCCUGCAACACAUCGGUGUGAACGAAGGGGCCCAGCUGCAAUCUCAGCGUUUUGCCUCGAGCACCCAGCCCCGGAGCAUCAUCACAAGCUUCCAUUUGCUCAUAAGCUCGUCGGACUUGACAGCAAGAAUCAGGCGAGUCCUGGUGUCUGCCAGUGGCUCUAUGGAGGGCAACGCCCUUGAUUUCGCUGAGGCUGUGGGCAGUACAGAUGUGGACAAGAAGCUGGCCUUUCUGCGGCGCUUGUCUACGUCAGACCCUCCGUGCAACAGCUUCAUUGUGUUCUGCAACAACCAUGACCGCGUCCGCAAGGUGGCCGAGCAGAUGAACAAGCAGCUGGGCAUUUCCACGGAGUACUUGACCGGCAACAGGUCCAAGGCUUACCAUGGGCCUUUAUGCCCGAAAGGCCCCAGAGAACCUGAAGGAGCGCCGCCUGGAACUCAGGAUGCCGCCAUGCGGGGUUUGGACUUCAAGGACCUGACCCACGUGGUCAAUUUCGAGAUUCCGGGCGACGCUGCUACCUAUGCACAUCGAGCUGGGCGAUGCGGCCGCAUGGGCUUCAACGGCAUCGUUGUGAGCUUGGCCUCGGGUGGCUACGAAAACAAGCGGCUGCGGAGUUAUGCUGACACGCUCAACUUUGAGCUCAUCGAGGCGAAUGUCAACGAGGGCGUGCUUGGAGUCGCUUGA